AUACAUAUACAUAUAUAUAUAUAUGUCCCAUCCUCUCUCUAGAUCUGUGUCUCUGUCUCUCUCUGGAAUGGGGUUGAAGGAGAUAGGGGUGGCACUGCCCCCAGGAUUCAGAUUCUAUCCCAGCGAUGAAGAACUGGUUUGCCAUUAUCUCUACAAGAAGAUUGCUCGUGAAGAUGUUCUCAGAGGAACUUUGGUCGACAUUGAUCUCCAUACUUGUGAGCCAUGGCAGCUUCCUGAUGUAGCAAAGCUGAAUUCAAGUGAGUGGUACUUCUUCAGUUUCCGUGACCGGAAAUAUGCGACGGGGUACCGGACCAACCGCGCCACCACCUCCGGUUAUUGGAAGGCCACCGGAAAAGACCGUGCCGUCAUGGAUCCCAUCACACGUGCCGUCGUCGGGAUGCGCAAGACCCUUGUCUUCUACAAGAAUAGAGCUCCCAAUGGGAUCAAAACUUGCUGGAUAAUGCAUGAAUUUCGACUCGAAAAUCCUCACUCGCCUCCUAAGGAAGAUUGGGUGCUAUGUAGAGUGUUCCACAAGUCGAGAAGCGAAAGCAACGACAAAUUCGACGCGUACGAUCCAAUGGCAGGAUGCGAAUUCUAUUCGAACAUGCCUCAUGAAUCAAUGCACAACAAUUACCGCGAGGUCGAGGUACAAAACCCUAGUAGCAUUGCACUGGCCUUGUCCGGAGAAUACUUACCCGAAGAAGACGCCGGAAACAAUGGGAGUUGUUGUCGGCAUCGGGGCAUUAAAUUUUUGGACGAUGAGACAACAAAGUACAACGAGGAUGUCGAUGAGUAUGGAUUCUUGUUCGAUGCAUCGUUCAAUUAUGACAACAUGAAACUCGAUCACGAUGAUGCCACGUCAGCUUCACUCUUCGUUUGAUGCCAAAAGUAUGUAUUUAUGUAUAUACGUACAUAUGUGUAUUUAUACGUAUAUUUGUACGUAGAUUAUUCGUUAGGACAGGUAUUGAUUGAUUGUUCAGGUACUAGUGUAUGUGUGGAUAUAUUGUUGAAUUUGUAGCUAGGUAUUAUUAUUACACACAUAUAUAUAUAUAUAUAUAUAUAUUGAAUUUGAAUGUAUAGAAAGAAUGUGGGUAUAUAUUAUUUCGAUUUUUAGGGC